AUGGAGAUACCUAAAAAGGUCUUCUUGGACAUUUUGGACGAUUUAGGAAAGAAGGAGUUUAAAAGAUUCAAGUGGUCUUUGCAGCAGCGGGAGGUCCUAAAAGGCUUCCAAACAAUCCCAAAGAGUCGACUGGAGGGUGUAGACCAGGUGGACACAGUGGAUGAGAUGGUCAGGACCUACAGCAUAAACACUGUUGAAGUGACCCUGAUAGUUUUAAAGGAGAUAAAGAGGAAUGAUCUAGUGGAGAAUUUAUCAAAAACCAUCUCAGAAGCUGAAGGUAAGUCAUGGUUUGAAGAUCAAACAACUACUACUGCAGUUUGUCAACGUGAACUCAAAUCUAACUUGAAGAAGAAGUUCCAGUGUGUGUUUGAGGGGAUCGCUAAAGCAGGAAACCCAACCCUUCUGAACCAGAUCUACACAGAGCUCUACAUCACAGAGGGAGGGACUGCAGAGGUCAAUGAUGAACAUGAGGUCAGACAGAUUGAAAGAGCAUCCAGGAAAGCAGACAGACCAGAAACAACCAUCAGACAAGAAGACAUCUUUAAAGCCUCACCUGGAAGAGAGGAACCAAUCAGAACAGUGAUGACAAAGGGAGUGGCUGGCAUUGGGAAAACAGUCUUAACACAGAAGUUCACUCUGGACUGGGCUGAAGACAAAGCCAACCAGGACAUAGAGUUCACAUUUCCAUUCACCUUCAGAGAGCUGAAUGUGCUGAAAGAGAAAAAGUUCAGCUUAGUGGAACUUGUUCAUCACUUCUUCUCUGAAACCAAAGAAGCAGGAAUCUGCAGGUUUGAAGAGUUCCCGGUUGUGUUCAUCUUUGACGGUCUGGAUGAGUGUCGACUUCCUCUGGACUUCCACAACAAUGAGAUCCUGACUGAUGUGACAGAGUCCACCUCAGUGGAUGUGCUGCUGACAAACCUCAUCAGGAGGAAACUGCUUCCCUCUGCUCGCCUCUGGAUAACCACACGACCUGCAGCAGCCAAUCAGAUCCCUCCUGAGUGUGUUUGCAUGGUGACAGAGGUCAGAGGGUUCACUGACCCCCAGAAGGAGGAGUACUUCAGGAAGAGAUUCAGUGACGAGGAGCAGGCCAGCAGGAUCAUCUCCCACAUCAAGACCUCACGAAGCCUCCACAUCAUGUGUCACAUCCCAGUCUUCUGCUGGAUCACUGCUACAGUUCUGGAGGAGGUGUUGAAGACCAGAGAGGGAGGAGAGCUGCCCAAGAACAUGACUGACAUGUACAUCCACUUCCUGGUGGUUCAGUCCAAACUGAAGAAGGUCAAGUAUGAUGGAGGAGCUGAGACGGAUCCACACUGGAGUCCAGAGAGCAGGAAGAUGACUGAGUCUCUGGGAAAACUGGCUUUUGAUCAGCUGCAGAAAGGAAACCUGAUCUUCUAUGAAUCCGACCUGACAGAGUGUGACAUCGAUAUCAGAGCAACCUCAGUGUACUCAGGAGUGUUCACACAGAUCUUUAGAGAGGAGAGUGGAUUGUACCAGGACAAGGUGUUCUGCUUCAUCCAUCUGAGUGUUCAGGAGUUUCUGGCUGCUCUUCAUGUCCAUCUGACCUUCAUCAACUCUGGUGUCAACCUGCUGUCAGAAGAACAACAAAGACCCCGUCUGCUUAACUUUUUCAGAUGGAAACCUAAACUAACACAUCUCUACCAGAGUGCUGUGGACAAGGCCUUACAGAGUCCAAACGGACACCUGGAGUUGUUCCUCCGCUUCCUCCUGGGUCUUUCACUGCAGACCAAUCAGAAUCUCCUACGAGGUCUGCUGACACAAACAGGAAGUAGCUCACAGACCAAUCAGGAAACAGUCCAGUACAUCAAGAAGAAGAUCGACGAGGAUCUCUCUGCAGAGAAAAGCAUCAAUAUGUUCCACUGUCUGAAUGAACUGAAUGAUGGUUCUCUAGUGGAGGAGAUCCAACAGUCCCUGAGUUCAGGACGUCUCUCCAUAAACAAACUGUCUCCUGCUCAGUGGUCAGCUCUGGUCUUCAUCUUACUGUCUUCAGAAAAAGAUCUGGACGUGUUUGACCUGAAGAAAUACUCUGCUUCAGAGGAGGCUCUUCUGAGGCUGCUGCCAGUGGUCAAAGCCUCCAACAAAGCUCUGCUGAGUGACUGUGACCUCUCAGAGAGAAGCUGUGAAGCUCUGUCCUCAGUCCUCAGCUCCCAGUCCUCUAGUCUGAGAGAGCUGGACCUGAGUAACAACAACCUGCAGGAUUCAGGAGUGAAGCUGCUGUCUGCUGGACUGAAGAGUCCACACUGUAAACUGGAAACUCUACGGCUGUCAGGCUGUCUGAUCACAGAUGAAGGCUGUUCUUCUCUGGCUUCAGCUCUGAGCUCCAACCCCUCCCAUCUGAGAGAGCUGGACCUGAGCUACAAUCAUCCAGGGGACUCAGGAAGGACGCUGCUGUCUGCUGGACUGGAGGAUCCACACUGGAGACUGCAGACUCUCGGGGUGGAUCAUGGGGGAGAACAGAGGUUAAAACCUGGUGUGAGGAAAUACUCCUGUGAACUCACACUGGACACAAACACACUGAACAGAAACCUCAAACUGUCUGACAACAACAGGAAGGUGACACGUGUGGAGGAGGAGCAGUCAUAUCCUGAUCAUCCAGACAGAUUUGAACAAUAUCCUCAGUUUCUGUGUAGAGAUGGUCUGACUGGUCGCUGUUACUGGGAGGUGGAGUGGAGAGGAAGAGUUGAUAUAGCAGUGAGUUACAGAGGAACCAUAACCAGAAGGAGAGGAGAGAGUGAUGAAUGUGUGUUUGGAUGGAAUGAUCAGUCCUGGAGUCUGUACUGCUCUACUGGUGGUUACCAUGUCUGGCACAAUGAUACAAGCAGACCCUUCUUCUCCUCCUUCUCCUCCUCCUCCUCCUCUGGUAGAGUAGCAGUGUAUGUGGACUAUCCUGCUGGCUUUCUGUCCUUCUACAGAGUCUCCUCUGACACACUGAUCCACCUCUACACCAUAAACACCACCUUCACUGAACCUCUCUAUGCUGGGUUCGGGUUGUUGUACCAUGGUUCCUCUGUGUCUCUGUAG